CAAACAAGAGUGUUUAUCGGUCAAGUACAGCAAAACAGGUAGCUGGAACCCUUUAUAUAUACAUACAAAACCCAUAUAUAGUCUGAACUAUCUAUAUAUAUAUAUAUAUAUAGCCACCUUUUCAAGGUCAUAUAUAUCUUCUAAGUACGUGAUAUAGUUUAUUCAAAAUUAUGGAAUGGUUUAUAGGUGUAUAUGUGAGCAUAAUUGUAUUGUUAAUGAGUUUAUGGUUUGUGAAGAAGGAGAAGAAUAAUAUUAAGCUAAGAAAUGGAAUUAAAAUUCCAAAAGGAAACUCAGGUUGGCCUUUACUUGGAGAGACUCUUGACUUCAUUGCUUCUGGCUAUUCUUCUUGCCCUGUCACCUUCAUGGAAAAACGCAAGUCUAUUUAUGGGAAUGUGUUUAAGACAAACAUUUUGGGAAGCAAUGUGAUAAUUUCAACGGACCCAGAAGUGAACAAGGUGGUUCUACUGAAUCAAAAGAACAAUUUUAUCCCUGCUUAUCCAAAAUCAAUUAGAGAAUUAAUGGGAAAACACUCUAUACUCCAAUUGAACGGGACCAUGCACAAGAAACUGCAUUCACUCAUUGCAGUGUUUCUUAAGUCCCCACAAUUUAAAUCUCAAAUCACUAGAGAUAUUCAACACUCUGUCAAACAAUGCUUAGCAUCUUGGACCAACAAAACAAUAUACAUUCAAGAUGAAGUAAAAAAGAUUACAUUUCCUAUUUUGAUUAAAGUUUUGAUGAGCGUUGGUCCUGGUGAAGAUUUGGACUUGUUGAAAAGAGAAUUUGAAGAAUUUAUCAAAGGCUUGAUUUGCUUACCCAUCAAGUUUCCAGGAACAACACUAUACAAAUCCUUAAAGGCUAAGGAAAGGAUGAUGAAGAUGGUGGGGAGGAUAGUUGAGGAGAGAAUGAAGUUAAUAAUGGAUAAUAAUGCAGAAGAUGAUGAGAAGGUUGGUGUAGUGAAUGAUGUGGUGGAUGCACUCCUAAGGGAUAAGGGUGAGUUGUCUCAAUCAAGCUCAAGUUCAAACCUGAUGGUGGAAAUGAUUAGCCAAAACAUCAUCGAGUUUAUGAUCCCAGGGGAAGAGACCCUUCCUACGGCCAUGACCUUGGCCCUCAAAUUCCUCACUGAUUAUCCUCUUGCUCUAUCCAAACUUAUGGAGGAGAACAUGGAAUUGAAGAAGCAGAAGACUAAUUGCCCAGAUGGUUAUACAUGGACCGACUACAUGUCACUACCAUUUACUCAAAAUGUCAUCAGUGAAACUCUUAGAAUGGCCAAUAUAGUCAAUGGGAUUUGGAGGAAAGCAGUCAAAGAUGUAGAAAUUAAAGGGUACUUAAUUCCAAAAGAUUGGGGUGUUAUGGCAUCUCUUACCUCUGUUCACAUGGACUCAAAAAACUAUGAAAACCCUUAUAAGUUUGAUCCAUGGAGAUGGGAGAAAAUUGGAGUUGUGCCUAGUAACAAUUGCUUUACCCCGUUUGGGAGUGGACAUAGACUGUGUCCUGGGUUAGAACUUUCCAGGCUAGAGCUCUCUAUCUUCCUUCACCAUCUUGUUACUACUUAUAGAUGGGAGGCUGAGAGGGAUGAAAUAGUAUACUUUCCAACUGUUAAGAUGAAGAAGAAGCUCCCAAUUAGAGUGCAACCCAUUAGCACUUGAUUGGAUUAGAUCAUCAAGUUUUUUUUUUUUUUUUUUUUACAAAAGCAAACUCAAUUCAUUUCAUUAAUCAAUCAAAAGUUGAUGAAUUCAAGAAAAUUUUAUAGAAAGAAAAAUGUAUUUAUUUUACAUUGUAUGUUAUUUCAACCUAGAGGGUAACUAUCAAGUAGACAAACAAUAAGGUUGCUUUUUCAGAAAAUAGUGUUUAGUAUAUAUUGUGUUAGCAAUUGAGUAACAUCAAUAUUCAGAAAAUAAAGGUGCUUUUGGACCCUAUUGCUAUCUUUGAAAAUUAAUUGCA